UCUCUUUGCUAACGUGUAUUUCACUAUACUUUACUUCUGUAGUCGAACUACAAUUUAUUUAAACGUCGUCAAUCUCUCCUUUUCUCUGCGGUAUUCUUUUCCAUGACACCAAUUUUCAUUGUCGAACACCUACUUCGGAAUAGCAAAAAUGGAACCAGACCACAUCUUUUACCGUAUGCCCCCCGAACUUAUCGUCAAGAUAUACAAGCGCAUGAAUGACAUCGGAGAUGUCAAGGCCACGCUCAGCACCUGCCGCAGGGCAAAGGCCAUCUUCGACGAGCACGCUGGCGCCAUCGCGAAAAGCCAUCUCCUUCGCACCAUCCACCCUAUUAAUGUCAAGCUCAUGGUGAUGGCCGUCGCCUCCCGCGACGUCGAUCCUAGGGACCAGAAAUCCGUCGAGCAGUUCUUUCGCAGCUACAUCUGGCGGGCUGAGCCGUGGCCGGCGUCCUAUAUCACGAUGGAAAUGGUCGCCGCCCUGCCAUUCUUCUACGGGUGUAUGAAUCUGCUUUUCGAACGCAUCUGGAUUGGUUUGUGGCGCGAGUUUUCUGGUAUCCCCCCGACUGACGCGGAGUUGGCUCGGGUGCUCCGCACCUUCCUUAUGAUUGAGACCGCGACCAACUUAUUCUACCGCGCACCGGGAAAGAACGGCGAGGCCCUUCGGCGCGCUCCGCACGUCGAGUGGGUGGAUAGGUACUGGGAAGUCUUCUCGCACGCCGAGAUCGAGGUGGUAUUAAAGACGAAGCCGCACUACUCGGGUCGCUUCGAAUACGGUACGUAUUAUCCCAAGGACCCUCUUGGCUAGGUAGUGUUAUCUCGUAGGAUGCUAAUUAGAUCCGAUAGCCAAGGAAAACAUUUUCAAAAAUCAUCGUCCAGUUCCCCAGCUUGGUAAAAGGUCUGCAUAUUUAAUCGGUCUAGAGAAGCUUUACACAUGGAAUCAAAGCCCUUUGCUUCGCCCCGCGCCCGACCUUAUAGAGGAAUUCAACUCGAUUUUCCGUAAUGGCUCCUGGCUGAACACGGAGUGGCAAGAGAUCGAAACGCCGUACGAUGAUGCUGUACGAUGCCUGGGAAACAAAGUCCAAUUACAGCCCCGUUUCCAGCCGGACCCUGAUGCGAUCGACGAAGAGUUCUGGCAACGUAUGAAACAUGAGGGACUGGGAAAAUAUCUCACCAGCAAAGAAAUCAAUAGCUGUUAUUUUGAUUGGCUGUGUUGCUGGGAUAGGGAUAUAUUUGAGAGACUUCGCCACUGUAGGUGGACUUGAACGGGGAUUACUAUGACGUCGUGGUAAAUUGCGCGGUUAAUUGAUGAAGGCGUAGUAAGCUAGGCGUGUUCGCCUUCCAUUUACUCAUUAGAGUCUUAGCUCUUAAUAAUAACUUAGCUUUUCUCACCGCAAAAUUUGUAUGUUUCUCACAAGAUAGUGUGUAUUGGAGUGAAUGUGAAAAAAGGAGUCAAAAAGAACUGAAAAAUCAAUACUCCGGUACGGGGAAUCGAACCCCGAGCUCCUCGGUGAAAACGAGGUAUGUUAGCCGUUACACUAUACCGGACAUCCACA